CCCGUGUCCCCCCCCCUUCCCUCCUUGUCCCCCCCCCUCCCCGUGAUGGCGUCCGCCGGUGGCGGCCCCGGCUCUGGGCCCUGUGGUGGCAGCGCGGAGCCGGAGCGGCCGCAGCCGAGGCCGUUCCUCAUCGGCGUCAGCGGCGGCACCGCCAGCGGCAAGUCCACAGUGUGCGAGAAGAUCAUGGAGCUGCUGGGGCAGAACGAGGUGGAGCAGCGGCAGCGCCAGGUGGUGAUCCUCAGCCAGGACCGCUUCUACAAGGCGCUGAGCGCCGAGCAGAAGGCCAAGGCGCUCAAGGGGCAGUACAACUUCGACCACCCCGAUGCUUUUGAUAAUGAUUUGAUGCACACAACCCUGAAAAAUAUUGUGGAGGGGAAGACAGUCGAGGUACCCACCUACGACUUCGUGACCCAUUCUAGGCUGGCGGAGACGACUGUGGUUUAUCCUGCUGACGUCGUUCUCUUUGAGGGGAUCCUGGUUUUCUACAACCAAGACAUUCGGGACAUGUUCCAUCUCCGACUCUUUGUGGACACCGAUUCCGACGUCAGGCUGUCCCGCAGAGUUCUGCGAGAUAUGAAACGGGGGAGGGACCUUGAGCAGAUCCUCACCCAGUACACCACGUUCGUCAAACCUGCCUUCGAGGAGUUCUGUUUACCGACAAAGAAGUAUGCAGAUGUGAUCAUCCCCCGAGGAGUUGACAACAUGGUUGCCAUAAACCUCAUCGUGCAGCACAUUCAAGACAUCCUAAAUGGAGACAUCUGCAAAUGGCAGCGAGGGGCAAUGAACGGCCACGGUCGGACCUACAAGCGCCCGUUCCCAGAGCAAGCAGAGAGCAGCAGCGUGCUGGCAGCUGGCAAGCGGUCCCACCUGGAGUCCAGCAGCCGUCCGCACUAACCAGUCACCCCGAAGGAUUUGCCUCUGGUCCACACCAGCACUGAAGACAACUUUGGGAAAGAAAGACUUCAACAAAGCGGUUGGUAAAGUGCCCUUUAAAUUGUCACAGCAGCAGGAGGGCUGCUGGUGCAAAACUUCUUGCGGAGAGAAGAGGAAGGAGUUGGACUACUGCCCCUCUCCCCUCACAAGUCCCUCCCCUGUCUCCCCGAGAUGUCUGAUCUGUUCUGUUACUCAGUGAACUGGCUGAAGGCGGUUCUGCCUGCCUUGUUACGUUUUAAUUUUCAAAAUGGAAUCUGUUGCUGAAGCCUCACGUGAAAGGUGAAUGCUACCAGGUAUUUAGCAAGAUACCCCCAUUCCCUGAUGCUGCUGGUUCUUAGCAGGGAGAUCAGCUGCCUAAACAGUCUCUUUUUCCCAGACUAGAUCACACCCUCUUAAUCCAAACAAGCAGGUGCAGUCCUUACUCUUCUCCACCUUGCUUGGGACCUUGAGUUCUGGCACUGCUCUCCUGCUGGCCAACCUCCUUUGUAACGUGUGGGGGCAGGAAGUCACCUGUAGGGUAAUCUCUCUCCCAGGAUAAAACAGAGCCAGUCUGGGACAAAGGGAGACUUACAGCUCACUGAGGACAGGCCCGAGAAGUGGUGUGAUUCUCAUUCCUAAGUGAUACCUUCAGGAAAAGCUCCUGAGCCUUGCUGCGCUGUAUGCAGAGGUUUCAAUUUUUGUACCCUUGAAUGUCAGUGAAUGUAUGAGCUCCAACUGGAUUGAGUUGCUCAUGGAAACAGAAACGGCCUUGUCAGUAUUAGUGUCGUUUGGGGCAUUUCUGUAGUGCUGGUUGCAGAUUCUGCUGGGCGGAAUCCGUCCGCUUCCAGAGCUGGGUGGUAAAAUUGGCAAGGGGGAAAGCUGUGAAUUGCAAGACCCUCCUUCUGAUGGCACAAACAGCUGGCUGGACACGUUUCUACCAUCAAGGUGACUAAACUCACAAAUGUUCUGGUUUUCUAACAAAACAAACAAACAAAAAAACACCACCACCAUUAACAUAAACCAGACAAGAAGCUGGUAGUGUAAACACUGUCAGCCAAGUUUCUGAAGUUUACCCCAAGUAAGUGAUACUGCAGCAAUAUAAAGUUUCUGGAAAAAAAAAAAUCUGAAAUGAAGGCGGGCCAUUGAAAAUGUCCUUGUUGUAUCCUUCUCAAAUCUAUACGUAGAGUAAUUUUAAGAAUGGGUUGAGGGGAAAAUGUUAGGAAAACUAAUUUUUUCAUAUUUGAUUAUAGUUUUUUCUAAACCAGAGUCUGGCUGUCUUGUUUGUGGAUGUGUUACUUUGGCUAAUAAAGAAAUGAAUCAACAGUGAA